ACCCGAAGACUCAUAUCGUCGCACCACGUAAUUUUACGCACACCUAUUUCGACGCCAUUUUUGUUUUGACCUCGUUCUCGAUUAACUUGGGGUUUCCGAUGACGUAGUUACUCGGUGUAAUGACAGAAAACAUCAUGGUUAAUUUUACCAAUAAAAAUGUUGGAAAGUUCAGGACUUGAAGAUAUUUAUCAACUUACAUUUACCCCAUACAUGAUUUUUAAUGUUUCUACUAAUGCAAAUUUUCAUCCAUUUUAAAAACGUCCCUGUGGAAGCUUAGAUUAAAAAAGUUACUGGAAAUUAUGUUGUACGUCUGCAGCCGACUUUGGUGCUAUCAAGGUCACAUCACUGCCAUGUGACAUAUGUAGUCGCACUUUUUAUGCACUGUUUUGGAAGGUGUACGCAUUAUAUAUCAAUGCGAUCAUUACAACACACUUCAUUUUUUUUCUCUUGUCAAGUAGGCUGCGAACACUGGGUUCAUCUAAAGUUUUGUAUAAAACAAAAUGUGCCAAAUUCCUCUGUAAACACUGCAGUCCAGAAAAAUGGAAGAAGAAACAUCAGACAGUGUGUAUUAAAAAAAACAGAAUGAUUAUUUAUGUUCUUAGCCCCAUAUGUUCAUGAAUGUUUAAAUGUUUUCAGGUUUAUUUAUAUCAUUUGGCCUUAAUAUUGAUUACCUAUUUGCAUCUGCUUUUGUGUCAAGUUUUAUUGCAGCAUCCAUGACAGUUAUGGUGUAGCACAUUACUUACAGUGAUUGCACAAAUAUUUAAGCCAAUCAAAAGCUUCGUAACAAGAAUCAUGUAAGAUGCGUCAAAAUAGGUGUGUACGAAAAAAGUAUGGCCGACCACACUAGUUGUUGUUUACCUUUUGAUUUCUGGCAGUUAGUUGUUUAGAAUAAGAUGUUAUUGGUAUGAUUCAAUGCAUAAAAGACAGCUUCUUUGUGGAGGCUGCUUUUUGAGCUUCUAUACAUUUUGAAUUAUGGGCCACUGGAAGAAUAUGUGAAUGACUUUACUGAUCAGUUAAAACCAGAUGAAUUGGUAAUUUACACAAAGUAUGCCAUGCAAGAACAAGGCUACUUUUCAAGAGAGUUUUCAACUUUACCUGACGAUAUGAACAUGGGCAGUAGGGAGAUUUUAUUUGCAAUUGGUUGGCUUCUGUCAUCAAAAAAAGUGGUAGAUAAAUUCAUUGAUCUGCAGUGUUCACCACUUGACCAAGAAUUUCCCGUUCAGGAGCCAGUGGUUGUAGAACAACAGACACGGAGUACAAGUAAGCUUGGAGCAAUACAGAAAGCUCAACAACUUCAGUUUCUGAAUGGUCGUCUUUGUCUCAGUCUGAAAACACUCUAUUCAUUGUACCAUGAGGAAACCAGAUUACAACAUCAGGUGCACAAAAGUACGAUGGGAGUUGGUAGCUCAGCACAUACGCCACAUCUCUCUGUUAUUGAAGUGUAUCUUCUGAGACAUCCAGAACAGUUGAAAAAGUGCAUACAGCAGCUAGAAAAGGACAAUACAAGACUAGAGAGAUUGCUACUAUGGAAGGAACAUGAGCAUAUCUUUUGGAAAUGGAUGGAAAGUGUACUUCAGCUGAAGUUGGAAGAGGCAUCCCAGAAUGAGGAACAAGUCAGCAAUCAACCAGUGGUUCACUAUAACAUACCGGUAGAUUUACUUGCGUCCGUUAGUAUGUCUCGCAGGAAUCUCGAAUCCGCUAUCAUGAAAUUUGAACCGAUAAUUACACAACUUGAAGAAAUCUGGGAAACAAAGCAAGAUGAUAUGACUGUGGACCAAAUGCAGAAACUAGAUGCAGCUGUUAAAGCAGAAAUUCAAUCACACCAGAAUAAUCUGGAAGACAGAGUGUUAAAACAUGGGCCUCCUUUGUACAGAAACUCUCGUCUAACAUUCAUAAAACCCUCUCAAAAGAAACUGUCAAAUGUUCAGAUCCCUGCAUUAAAUAAUGUGACUACAGAUGGCUUAUCAGAUCCAGUAAAUAUUCAAUCAGAAAUAGAAAGUCUACAGGAACAUAUUAACCAGCUGGAGUGUGAAAUUCGGAGAAAGGAACGUUACUAUAGAAAUCGUUUGGAUAAAAUGGCAUCACAUAUACCUGGUGCAAUAUGUAUACAACCUGCCUCAUUAACAAGAUAGCACUUUGUCCAAGUUUUAAAUACAGAAGAAUGAAUGUUAUCAUAGAAAUUAUACGAUAUUUCAUACUUCAACAUCUUUUUGUGAUUUUCUAACCUGAUCUUUAUCUGCUAGUUUGGAUUUUAUCCAACAUUUCUUUUUUUAGCUCACCUGUCACAUAGUGACAAGGUGAGCUUUUGUGAUCGCCCGUUGACUGUCCAUUCGCCGUCCGUCAUCUGUCUACAAUUUCUUGUGAACACGAUAAGAGACCACAUUUUGCAAUCGAUUUUAAUCAAACUUGCACAAAACUUGUAUUGGCAUAAUAUCUCGGGUCCUUUCGAAAACUGGCCAGAUCCCAUCAUGGGUUCCAGAGUUAUGGCCCCUUAAAGGGCCAGAAUUUGCUAUUUUUGGCUUGUGAAUACGAUAGAGACCACAUUUGCAAUCAACUUUAAUCAAACUUGGUUCCUUUGGAAAAUUGGCCAGAUCCCUUCAUGGGUUCUAGAGUUAUGGCCCCUUAAAGUGUCAUAAUUUGCUAUUAUGGCUUUUGCAGCCAUAUAGAGACUUUAUUUAUGGUUUGAUUUGAUACAAACUUGCAGAUUAUCUUCAACAACAAUAAAUCUUGGAUUCCAUGAUGAAUCAGUCAGAUCCAAUCAUAGGUUCCAGAGUUAUGACCCCUGAAAGAGCCAAAAUUUGUUAAUUUUUACCUUGUGAACACGAUAAAAGUGACAUUUUAUAUUUGAUUUUAACCACACUUACAUAAAACUUAAUUCACAUUAAGAUCUCGGUUCCUUCCGAAAACCGGCUAGAUUCCAUCGUGGGUUCUAGAGUUACUGCCCCUUAAAGGGGCAAAAUUUUCUAUUUUGGCUCUUUCAGCUAUAUAGAGGUUUCAUUUAUGCUGUGAUUUGAUACAAACUUGCAUAGAAUGAUUAUCUUGAUGAUCUCUAGGCCUGGAUUUAAACUGAGUCAUGUUGGGUCAAAUACUAGGUCACUAGGUUAAAUCAAAGGAAAAGCUUGAAUACAUUCUAGAGACCACUGUUUUGCUCCAAUCUUUCCGAACUUUGCCAGAAUGUUUGUUUUCAUGAAAUUUUGGACAAUUUGGAAUCUGGGUCAUGUGUGAUAAAAAAACUAGGUCACUAGGUCAAAUCAAAGAAAAUACUUGCUUACACUCAAGAGGCCAUGUUGUUUGGUCCUAUCCUAAUGAAAAUUGGUCAGAAGAUUUGUCUCCAUGAAAUCACUAGGUAAAACAUGUUUACACUGUUCUGGUAUGUAACUCAGGUGAGCAGCCUAGGGCCAUCUUGGCCCUCUUGUUUUAAUCAGUAAGAGAUUGAUAUUGUAAGAUUUAUGAUGGAGUUUUUGGUCAUGUAUUUAGCAAUUCACAUUCAAUUUUGUUAGAUAACUAGGAAUAGAAUUAGUGCCUUUGCUAAGUGCAAAUUAUGAGUUACUCUAUAGUAUCUUGCCUUAUCAUCUGCAAAAUUUGGAUGUCUGUCCAUCUGUUUGUCAAAGGUCAAAAAUGUUAAUGGGAUAUUUUUUUGACUCUUAGAUAGUAACAAGAGAAUUUCAGUGAUAUACAUGUCUCUAUAGGACAUGUCUACGUUUCUUUGCCACAUGGCCUCAAACUACGUCGAAAACCUUUCAGACUUAAACAUGGUUAAAAUAGAGAUAAUUUUAAGAGCGAAUGCUACACGGUCAUAUGACCUCUCGGACUUCAUACGGUAUUGACCAGGACCAAUAUAUUCAUAUAUACUUCUUAAUUUAGUAACUCAAAAUUUCUGUUUAAUAACGCGAAGUUUCGACUUAAUUACUCAAAAUGUCAACUAAGUAACCUGAAAUUUUCUGAUACGCACCUCAAAAUUUACACUCAGUAUUGCAAAACUUCAAGUUAUGUAUCUUGAAGUUUCAGCUUAGUAAUUUAAAAUUUCGAGUUAAUAAAUGAGCCGCAGUAUGAGGAAACCAACAUAGUGCAUUUGCAACCAGCAUGGAUCCAGACUAGCCUGGGCAUUUGCGCAGUCUGGUCAGGAUCCAUGCUGUUCUUUAACAGUUUCUCUAAUUGCAAUAGGCUUUGAAAGCGAACAGCAUGGAUCCUGACCAGACUGUGCGGAUGCGCAGGCUGGUCUGGAUCCAUGCUGGUUGCAAAUGCACUGUGUUGGUUUUCUCAUGGUGUGGCUCAAAUAACAUACACCUGGCACUAAUUCUGUGCUGCAGAUGACAGCUUUAACGGCAGAUUUUUCUUUGAUAGUAUGUACAGGAUGUAGUGACAAUACAUAUUACAGGACUUCUCUUAUAAUUUGCCAGUCCAUAGCCUAUAUUCAGCAGGUUAACUGGAUUAAUAAGUCAGAAUUUAAAAAUAAUUCAGUGAAAAACACAUCUUGAAUAUUAAGAUCUAUUGACCCAAACGAACCAAUGUAUUUUCUUUUUCAGCCAGUUGAUGGACUAUUGUAAAAGUAGUUUCACAUUUUAUUAUGUUAAUGUAGUCUUUCAAAAAAGCCACAGAGCUUGUUUGUAAGUUAAUAUGCAUUAUUGGAAUGAAAUAUCUCUCCCCCCAUCCCACCCCACUUAAAUAAAAAAAAAAAUCUAUUGACCCUCAGGCCUAAUAGUUUUGACUGUUUAGCAGCAAGCCAUUCGAUAAGUGUAUGCUAUAUUCUGCAUUCUAAAACAAAUUUUGACCUAAAGCAACUUCAGUCUAAAAGUGAUUGAUGGAACAAAUUUUUACCUAAAGCUAUUUCGAUCAAAAACUGAAUUUCAUAAACAUUUGUCCUUUUAUGGCUGUAGAAAUAUGGAAAGAUAUCUGUUACUUAUUAGGAAUGCUAGCACGGUAAAUUCAUUUAAGUAAUUGAUUAAAAUAUUUCUUUUCAUUAAUAGUGUAGAAAUUGGCUUUGAAUACACAAGCAAGUCCAUUUCUACGUACAAGUCUGCUCUAUGUUAUGACUGUGAUAUGUGUGUGAAAAGUGUAACGUAUUUAUGAUUAUAUUUGUUAAUAUGAUUUGUAUGUUUGUUUAUAAAACUUUAGUUUUAUCCUCUUUAAAUAAACACUUUGUUAUUACUAUUAUUGUUACAUCAAAUGA